UCUAAACAUCAUUUGCCAGUAUCUUGAACAACCAGCAACGGGGUGGCCAUUAUCCGUUCAAUUGAAAGUAGGAGAGAGGUAUUGAGUUUUAGCGUUAUAAGUCACAUCGAUCCACGACUCACUUCCCAGUGAGCUCAUCGCAGCCUCCCGACCCGAUAAAUUUCAUCACCGCCAACCCGUCACCAAUGCGGUCUGCAUCAGUUUUGAGAAUGGCCUCGGCCUCCGUCUCAAAGGGAAACGGCCUCAGGCCCACGCCGAUGGCCCUCCUGCCCCCUAUCCCGCUAUACCGUCGUCUUCUACGCGCUCACCGCAAGCAUCUUCCUUCCGAGAUGCGCCUACUGGGUGACGAGUACAUCAAGGCUGAAUUCCGUGCUCAUCGCACAGUAGAUAACCCGGCGCACCUGAUCGGUUUCUUGACUGAGUGGCAAUUAUACGCGCAAAAGAUCGAGGGCAACUCGUGGGUUGGCGAGAAGAUUGACCCUGUCAAGGUUGCCAAGAUGAGUGACGAACAAAUCGGUCAACUUUAUGAGCUGAUGCAGGCCAUCAAAGAACGGCGUGAGUCAGGGGAAGGCGAGGAUCAAUCAUGAUGUCGCUGCGUUAAGGAAGGAAAGCACCGUCAUUGUCAAUGAUGCGAGAUGCGCGACUUAUGCGCGUUUGUAUUAACACCUAUGUAAAUUUGUACCCUUUGCGCAGCAUCGUAGUCAUCUUUCAGUGCCCCUCAAACGCCUCGACAAUCCAGUCGGCCUGGAUGAUGCUUACUUUCUUAGCAUAGUUUUUCUGCGUGAAGACAUGCUCAAGAAACAUGAUGGCCUCCUUCUUCUGCCCGUGUAGCACACUAGACGGGUGAAUGGCCACAACGUGCUUGCCUUGUGACGUGACGUAGCUCGCAUCCGGCGCCAGUAUGGCCGUCUUGGACACGAAGCCGCGGAGGAAGCAUUUGAGCAAAGCUUCGGCCUGUUCCGGAGCCAGAGGAGUAAAGGGCUGGGGGUCAGGUGGUGGAGCCUCUGUAAGGAGACCUUCUUUGAGGCAGAGGCUGCGCAGUUGCCUGCGGAUGUUGAGCGCUGUCUUCAUGUUGCGAAUGUUGACCUUUCUCUGCUUGCACCACUGUAUGCGAUCGGCGUUCUCGGCGGCGUAUUGUUGCAUUGUAGUAAGAUAUGUUAGGAUGUCGCCUUCCCGGCGGUAGAGCUCCUUGCGAAGUUCUUCAAUUUCUUCGCGUUGUUCUUCCGACUGCAGCUGAUGGAAGAUGUCGUCGCCAGACGUGAUGCAGGAGAUGACGUCUAUCGUCUCUAGGACGCAGUCGAAUUCUGGCUUGGCGGAGGCAAGCAGGACCGCACCAAACGCCGCAGAGAUGGGAAAUCCGGCCAUCUUGCGGCCGGGCUCAGUGAUUGUGCCGUCGUCUGCCAAAGCACCUAGUCCAUGAAGGCUGACUAGUGCUCGUUCGAUGGCUUCCACAUCCGGGGUGUCCAUAAGGGGAAACCCGAGAAUGUCAUCAAUGCCUCGUGCUUUCAUCGUCAAGACAGCUCCCAGAACAUCGAUCCUCAGGAUCUCUGGCAAGUCUGUUUCCUCGAGUGUACUGAAUGUGCCUUCAGUGUAUAGCCUGAAGCACUUGCCAGGGCCUUCACGACCAGCACGGCCUGUUCGCUGGAUGGCGGAAGACCUGGAGAUAGGUUUUGCUAGUAAUGAUUCCAUACCGAGGCGAGCGCGGAAUUGCUUAACCUUGGCCUUGCCGCCGUCCACCACGUAACGUACACCGGGUACGGUGACGGACGUCUCAGCAAUAUUGGUGGCUAGCACAAUUUUCCGCGUGAAACCUCCCUUGACAGGCUGGAAAGCUGCGUGUUGUCCUUCUAUCGAAAGCUGGCCGUACAAGGGUAGAACCUUGAUCUUGGGAACGUUGGAGGCCAAUGUUGCGGCGUACUCCUCGAGGAGCGACUGCGCGGAUUCGAUUUCCUCUUGUCCGGUCAGGAAAGCAAGAAUGUCGCCAGGAAGCGGCUCUUCCAUGUGGAUUUUGAAAAUCGUCUUCAACAAAGAUUCCUGGAUAUCCGGCACCGGUUGGGGAGUAUGUAUCGUCUUGACCGGGUACUGCCGGCCCUGAAUUUUCAGUACUCCAACAGAGUUGCUCUUCUUGCUGACCAAGUCGUCACUACCGCUUUUUUCUUCAGGGCCAUGCACAGAGAAAAAGCUUUGAAUGCGCUCAACAUCGGCUGUGGCACUCAUGACAACAACCUUCAGUGGUAUGCCGCCGCGGCCCUUCCUGCUACCAAGCAGGAUUUGCUUAAGGAAUCCGGACACCAGAUCCACGUCAACACUUCUCUCGUGGAUUUCGUCAACGAUAACGGCGCUGUAUUGUUUCAAAUCUGGAUCUCUCAGAAGCUCCUGAAGAAGCAUACCUUCGGUGAGGAACUUGAUCUUCGUGCCCUUGGGGACCUGGUGAUCAAAACGAACUGAGUAUCCAACUAGUCCGUCACGGCUCUCACCGAGAGGCGUCCCAGCCUCGCGAGAAACUCGAUGCGCUAAAGUCGUGGCGGCUACUCGACGUGGUUGUGUGACUGCGAUCAUGCCACCGACACUGACUUCUCUUGCCCCUGCGAUACUGACAAUUUGUCUCCUACACCACGGCUCCCUGACCAAGAACUGAGGUAUUUGAGUACUUUUUCCGGAACCAGUUUCACCGACAAGAAGGAGUACAUCAUUAUGGCGUACACGAGCUUGUAUCUCUUCUCGGUGUGCCCAGAUGGGUAACUUUUGCCUGAUCUUCAACAAGGCAGGAUCUUCUCUCCAUCUUGGGCCUCUUUUGUCAAAUUUUGGCCUGUCUCGAUCCUGGGAUGUCUUCGACGAAUGCUUGAUGAAGGUCGGAGCUGUUUGGUGCGAAUCCUUUGAAUCUUUGACUAAUGCGUCUGACGUGGCAUCAAUUUCUGUCUCCUGAACAGACCGCAGCUCUUCCGUUGGACGUUGUUGAACUUCUGCUUCUUUUUUCUUUGCUGGGGGGUUGAGAUACCCCUCGAGAGAAAUUACUUUGUUGCCAACCUUGAUCGUGUUUUUGCCAUCAAGCUUCCGCUUUUUGGGGGCGCGUUCAGCGUCCAAUACAGAUGACAUGUUGAGGUUGCUAACAGAGUUUGCGAUGUUUUGUGUAAUCAGC